AUGCUGCAUCGUCUCAAGGCACUGGUGCACAAGCAAGAAAAGCAGUGGUGCGGCGCCUGUCUCUUCGAGCUCCCCCCGAUCGCAAAAUCUCUCCCCUCUGAUGUCAGCGGGCGCUACGAAUAUGCCUUUGCAGAGAGCGACUCUCGCGAGUUUACCUCUGCUGAUCUAGUCAAGUCCUCGGAGCGUGGCUGUGACCGAUGCGCGGCUCUCGCCUCGGCCUUUGAGAAGCUCGGAGUUGCUGACUUCAAAGAGGCAAGCUGGCAACCCAACCUGAACUCGCCAGGCAGUCCCACGCUGGAACUUACAGAUGCCAAUGAUGCACUGCACGUCUUUGAGCUCUGCAGCAGCGAGGCUCCAGUGGGCGAGCCAGCGUUCUUCACCGACGACGCGCCGCCGCAUGCUGUUCUGUGCAGAGGCUUCCAAAUUUCGCGCACAACUGAAGAUGAUGAUGCGCUGGAUCAGGCAGCCAAGUGGCUGAAGGACUGUCAGGCCCAUGAGAAAUGUCAAGCCGAGGACGCAGGAUUUGUGCCUACACGACUACUCUACCUGGGAUCCAAAAGGGAAGAUACUGACGUUCUCGAUCUCGUCGAGAAUCCGGAGGCUGUGAAAUAUGCAGCUUUGAGCCAUAGAUGGACGAGCGAGACACCAACGGUCUCCCUGUUGACGUCCAAUUUGCCGGAUCGGAAGCAGCAUGGGAUGCCUAUAGCAAGUCUCCCUCGGAUGAUGCAGGAUGUCGUGCAGGUGUUGCGUCGACUGGGCAUCGAAUACGUAUGGAUCGACAGCUUGUGCAUAGUCCAAGACGACAAGGACGACUGGAAGCGAGAGGCAGCAAAAAUGGCCUUGAUCUACACGAAUGCCGAACUCACCGUAGCGGCUUCGUGGUGUGACAGGCCCCAUCAAAGCCUCUUUCGAGAUCACAGCGAGCCCCGUGAACUGCCUGUAGAUCUCGGCGAAGCAAAUGGACAAUCCAUCUUUAUACGUCGUAGGAAACCACACUUCACUUGGUCGGAGGAGGCUACGGUCGAUGAUCCCGACGCAGAAUGGCCUCUCUUGAGCAGAGGCUGGGUAUAUCAGGAACAGCUGCUGUCGCGCCGAAUGCUUCACUUUACGCGCAACGAGCUCAUCUGGGAAUGCCUCGAGACGACCCAAUGCGAGUGCGGGUGGUACGACAGCAACAUGCGUAACCAGAGCACUCGCCACUCGUACAAGCGAUCAGCUGCGGAUAAGGCAUGGGUUGAGAUAAUCAAAGGCUAUGCAAAGCGGCCCCUGACGGUGGUCGCCGACAGGCUUCCAGCUCUCGCAGGCAUCGGAAAGGCGACGGCGACGGUCAGAGGGUACGACUCGGCCGAGUACCUAUGUGGGAUGUGGGAAAAGGAACUCGAAGAGUCGUUCUUCUGGUACCUGGCUGAACCUCCUCGGGCAAAGCCUGACAUUGGCUUGCCAUCGUGGUCGUGGGCCUCCGUGGUGGGCGAUGUUGAAUGCUGGCAGCUAUCGUUGGAAGACGUGGAGUUCUCGGGAAGCGAGGUUGUUUAUGCCGGAGAUGCUCUCAUGGGUGAUAUGGUGAGCGGGCAGCUGUCUCUGUCGGGAUAUGCCGCUUCCGGAGUGUUGUACCACGGUCAGGAGUGGAAUGAUAUCGUGGAAGCCAGGAAAAGCGAAGGCCAUGAUGUUCUGAUGGGUGCAGGAGCCACGGACGAGUAUGGACUGAAGCUUGGAGAGCAGUUUGCCACUUUCAACCCGGACUACAGGUUGGACAUGCAUGUCGCCUCGGGCUCGCAGGUUGUUUGCCUGCUCUUUGGGCGAAAUAGCUUCGUCGAAGUUGACGAUGCGGGCGAGAUUGCCGAGACCAUCACCUCGUAUAUUCUCAUUCUACGCCCUCUCGACGGGACGCCUCUGCGGUAUGAGAGAAUCGGAUCUGAACGGCAGCAACUAACGGUCGUUUGA